AAGCAAGACAAACUCAGUUGUGUUGAAGUAGAACGAACGAGCGGUACGACUCGUGUCUGUACGCAUAUUAGGUUUGUUUUUGUGUGGUGUGGAAGAGCAAAUAACGCAGAAUUGUUGGCGAUUCCGCAGUCUGCCUUAGAAGGGACAUGGCCGUCUUUUUGCUCAAUAUCUGUAAAUUUAAUGGCUGCGGAAUCACAUUUCCAAGUUUAGGAGAUUUAAUACAACACAUCGAGGACACACAUAUUGACUAUGACCCUAAAGUGGUGGAACAAAAGGAACAGGCUCAGCCUGCUUGUCUACCGUUAAGUUAUGUUCUACGUUUUAUAUCGGAUGAUGCCCGCAAAGAAAGUCCCUUCCUAACGACAAAUAAUGCUGGCGCUGAUCUCAAACGUAAACUGGCGAUUAAACAUCACAGUUAUAGUAUGUCGUCGUCUAAUCGCAGUAACACGCCCACUGGCAGCGAAAUGGAUGAAGAUGAAAUGGUUGUUUCCGAAUCGGAGGAUAGCAAUGAUUCAUGGACAACCGAAGAAUUUAGUUCUGAAUUCAUAAUGCGCUAUGGCAGCAGGCAUUCCGGAUCUGGCGGCAAUGGCACACCAGGCAAUGAAAAACCAUUUGCAUGCCCUGUUCCGGGAUGUAAGAAGCGUUACAAAAAUGUCAAUGGAAUUAAAUAUCAUUCAAAGAAUGGUCAUAAAAAGGAUGGCAAAGUACGCAAAGGCUACAAAUGCCAUUGUGGCAAAAGUUAUAAAACUGCCCAGGGUUUAAAAAGUCAUGCAUUGGUGGCCCACAAUUCUUCGCCCGAAAAUGUAUUGAUUACCCAAACCGGACUGGGCAAUGUGUUAUCAGCCAGCGGUGGCAACGGCAUGGCUGGUGGUGGUGGCACUGGUGUACUUAUGCAACGCAGUAGCUCACCAUCACAGUCAUUGGGUUCAUUGAGUCCAUCAAGUAUUAGUAAUAUGUCCAGCGGAGCUAGCAGUUGCCAUGGCAGUGGUGGAGGCGGCGGCGGUGGCAGUGGUGCUGGCAAUGGUAACGGCGGUAGCCAAAAUCUAUUACAACACUUCUCGAAUAGCAACCACGGCAAUGUAAAUGCAGGGCAAACGGUUAAUUGCUUGGCUCAAGCAAUUAACGGAAAUGGCACGGCAACAUUAAAUUUGCAGCAGCAGCAACAACAAUUUAACACAACUGCCAAUAAUCAUCAACAAGUUGUAGCUGCUACUGUAGGUGGCAACGGCGGUGGCGUUGGAACAGCACUACUCAACAACAAUAGCAACAACAAUAACACUAUAGGAGCCGCGAAUUCCUCAACAACAACAACUGUGGCGACAAAUAAUUCAUCAGCAACAGGUAACAGCAAUAAUAUUAUUCGUAACACCAUCAAUUUGGUGUCUUUAAAAGCCGCCAAUGGCUCACAUCAUCACAACAGCAACAACAACAAUAAUAAUAAUGGUAAUAGUAUAACGGUAACUAAGACAGCUGCGGCCACUAACUUAUUGGCCGCUAAUGCAGCUGCUAGUAAAAUAUUGAAAUUAGCAACAAAUGUGGCUGCUGCAGCUGCGGCCAAUAAUAGUAGCAACAACAACAAUAUUCUUUUGGAACAACAUCAAUAUAUAAGCAAACAGCAACAACAACAGCAAACUAUGGGGUCAGUUACUACAACCACCCCCACCAAAAUUACUCUACCAAAUUUGGUAAACUUAGGCAUACUGACACCGGCAACAUCGCCCACAAAAACCAAUCAGUCGACGUUGACAUUUACCACACAACAACAGCAGCAACAGCAAACGCUUACCAAUGCGCUUAAUAGUUUAACGAAUGCCACACAUAUUUUGCAACAACAACAGCAACAGAAAACAAUGCAAAAUCAUGGGAAUUCGAAUAUAACAACAACUACUACCAUUACUAACCCCCAAACUAACAACCCUACUGUCGGGACAAACAAAAACAAUAUUUUAAUUAUAGAACAACAACAGCAACAACAACCACAGUUACAGUCCUCAUCAUCUUCAGCUUCAUCUUGUGCCACGUCAGCAAGCAUAACGUCGUCGGUAUCAUCUCAUUCCCAAGCAACGAUGGUGGCAUCGCAACAACAACAGCAACAAAUUGUUGGUAGUAUUCACUUAUCUCAAAUAACAUCAUCUAGUAAUGUUGGUAAUCUUAAUAAACAGCAGCAACAGCAGCAGCAACAACAUCAACACCAACAAAAUGCCAUUACCCAACAUAUAACGGCUGCCUCGCCGCCACCCUCUAUGGCCAAUUCGCCCAACAGUAAUUCUUCUCAAAGUGUUGCCAGCAGUGGUGGUGGCGGCGCUAAUGGCUCCAAUCAAAAUCUCCUUUCUAAUGAUGUGGUUGCUUUAACUGUUGCCGUUGCUGAUGCCGGUGUUGGUUCUUUAAGCGAGGAAACGUAGCCUAUACUAAAGAAACUUUUAAUGCGACGAAAAUUUAAAUA